AUGGACCUCUAUGAAUGUUUAUUUUGUUGUGAAACGGAGAAUAGAAAUUACUGUAAAAUAACUUCAAAAUGUACUCAUAAAAUCGUCAUUUGCGUAGAAUGUGUUAAUAAAAUCAUUGAAAAGAGUAUUAAUGAAAAACAAUCUAUUGAAAUCACCUGUCCUACACCAGGAUGUAAUAAAUCAAUGGAUAGGAAUGAUGUAUUAAAUAUUGCAACAAAAGAAAUAUUUGAAAGAUAUGAUGAACUUUCUUAUAAACACGCAAUACAAAAGAUCCCAGAAUUUAGAUGGUGUCAGGCCUUUUGUGGAAGUGGACAAGUUCAUGAAGGAAAAGAUCCGCUUUUUAUUUGUGAAGGAUGUGGCGCGAAAUCGUGUUAUGUUCAUGAGGUUAUCUGGCAUGAAGAUCAAACUUGUGAACAAUAUGAAAAAAGUAUAUCAAGAUCAGACUCAGCUACAAAAGCUUAUCUUUCAAAUACAAAAAGAUGUCCUGGAUGUAAUAUAUAUAUUGAGAAAGUAAACGGAUGUGAUACCAUGAAAUGUGAAUGUAAAUGUAUAUUUUGUAUGAUGUAA